GUACCGACUUCACCUCCGGUUCUAGGUGUCAUGGCUGCCUCGAGAGACUAGUACGAGUUUGUACCUGUGGUGGGAAGGGUCCGAAGCCCACACCCGGGAACCUAGUGAGGUAAAGUUGCGUCUCGGUUGUGGAGCCGACAACUUCUCCGAUUCCUCGGCAAUGGCGGCGUCCGGGAGUGGCAUGGCUCAGAAAACCUGGGAAUUGGCCAACAACAUGCAGGAAGCCCAGAGUAUCGAUGAAAUCUACAAAUACGACAAGAAACAACAGCAAGAAAUACUGGCGGCGAAGCCCUGGACUAAGGAGUAGAGCCAAGACCCCUCUCCGGGGCUUGCUUCAACUCCCCUGUCUCUUUAACCCAUUUGAUUUCAGAGGAUGUAAGAGGAAAAGGACAAGCGACCACCAUUACUUUAAGUACUGCAAAAUCUCAGCAUUGGCUCUACUGAAAAUGGUGAUGCAUGCCAGAUCGGGAGGCAACUUAGAAGUGAUGGGCUUGAUGCUGGGAAAGGUGGAUGGUGAAACUAUGAUCAUUAUGGACAGUUUUGCUUUGCCUGUGGAGGGCACUGAAACGCGAGUAAAUGCUCAGGCUGCUGCAUAUGAGUACAUGGCUGCAUAUAUAGAAAACGCCAAACAGGUUGGCCGCCUUGAAAAUGCAAUUGGCUGGUAUCACAGCCAUCCUGGCUAUGGCUGCUGGCUUUCUGGGAUUGAUGUUAGUACUCAGAUGCUCAAUCAGCAGUUCCAGGAACCAUUUGUAGCAGUAGUAAUUGACCCAACAAGAACAAUAUCUGCAGGGAAAGUGAAUCUUGGAGCCUUUAGGACAUACCCAAAGGGCUACAAACCCCCUGAUGAAGGACCUUCUGAGUACCAGACUAUCCCACUUAAUAAAAUAGAAGACUUUGGUGUACAUUGCAAACAAUAUUAUGCCUUAGAAGUCUCAUAUUUCAAAUCCUCAUUGGAUCGCAAAUUGCUUGAGCUUUUGUGGAAUAAAUACUGGGUGAAUACACUGAGUUCCUCUAGUUUGCUUACUAAUGCAGACUAUACCACUGGUCAGGUCUUUGAUUUGUCUGAAAAAUUAGAACAGUCUGAAGCCCAGCUGGGACGAGGGAGUUUCAUGUUGGGUUUAGAAACACAUGACAGAAAGUCAGAAGACAAACUUGCCAAAGCUACAAGAGACAGCUGCAAAACUACCAUAGAAGCUAUCCAUGGAUUGAUGUCUCAGGUUAUUAAGGAUAAACUGUUUAAUCAAAUUAACAUCUCUUAAACAAUCACUAAGUAGUACUUUUGACUGAAAGCCAGUAUGAGAAAAAUACUCAAGUAACACUUUAAAACCAGUUACCAAAAAUCUGAUUAGAAGUAUAAGGUGCUCUGAAGUGUCCUGAAUAUUAACAUCGUGUAAUAAAGCUCUUUAAAAUGAAA